UGUGAGCACGCGUGACUCGCGCACUGACGCCGUCAUUCGGCAUUCGAAACGUAAAUAAAAUUCGCGAUUCGUUCGAAAUUUAAAAAACUGUGUUGAAAGUGAAUAAAUAUUGUGUGUGAAUCGUACUGGCCACAUAAUAAAAAGGUGACAUCGUUGUGAGUCGAUGACCUACCGGAUUCGAUAAUAGUCACAACAUUACACCUCUAUACACAGUGUUGCCACUUUAUAAUAAGUUCGUAAUCAUUAGUAGAGUUGUGAAAAUGACAUAAUAGUGUGUAUCAGUGAUUUUGUGCGCAUUCAGUUCAGUUUUUUUAUAAAUAUUUUGUAAUAGUUCAGAAUCCGUAAUAAAAAAUAGUGAAAAUGGAGGCUUUAGAGAGGAGAGGGAUAUACUUCAUAGCAGUACUAGUCAUCUUUUGCAGUCAACACAUAGCAGUGGAAGGCCACCGUAACUCAACCAAGAUGUCAUACGUGUGCCCCCCGCAGUUCAUCAGGCUCGGGCACAGCUGUUACUUCUUCAGCGAGAAUAAGGCCACCUGGCAGAAUGCGCUUUUUGCGUGCAAGGACCGAGAAAGCAACCUGUCAGUACCAGCUCGAUGGGAGGACAGGAAUCUACGCGCCUAUCUCAAUAAAUCCGUUUUAGAUGGUGUCAGUCGUUGGAUAGGGGGCAUAUAUGACCAUAUCUCGCAAUCCUGGAAGUGGGGGGGUGAACUGCGCGAGAUGCACUACCAGUCCUUUUCCAAGAUGAAAAAGAUGUCCCCGAGCGAACUAAAGUGGCACUGCAUAGCCAUGGUGCCUGAUCUUUUAUUUAGGUGGGCACCAAAGAACUGUUACGAGCCUCUGAAAUUCAUCUGCCAGACGAAACUUCGAAAGGUACACAAAUCGAAACUCAAAGAACUGCGCCGGCGCUGGCAGAGGAUGGGUCAGUUGAACGAGAUAACCGCGCCGAGCGUCAGUCGCGAAGUGGGCGAUCGAAACAACGAUCUGAGCGUGCAGCCCUACAGAAACCCGAAAUCCUACGACCUACGACCGAGCCCCCUCCGACUGCAACCGAGGGGGAAUAGAACGAGGACAACUGUAAUCCGAAAUCAUCUAAAAAAUUACAGAUAUAGAGUGAAUGAGUUAAGGAAGCGGUCACGAUCACCUGGUGCUUCUAGGCGACUCAGAAGACCAUUUAAAGGUUACCAGUGGAAACGAUCGGACCCUGAAGGCUCUUACAACCACAACGUGAAAGUGCUUAUGUCCGGAAAAACUGGGCUGACGUCACAACAGAUCAAGACGCACCUGGCGCGCCUCGCUCACAUCCGCGAUGUGCAGAUAGCAAAGAGUAAACGCCUCCGGGAGAAGAAAAGCGAUUGGCUUGUGAACGAACCCCAGUCUGUGCUAGUACACACACACGCAAGAACCUAUACGAUAAACAACAACAUCAGCGCAUUGCAUCCUAAGACGAUAGUCGAAGAGUUCGAUCUGUUUGCGGCACCCACUCCUGUCGUUCUGCCCAACCAAGUGCUUGCCGGCCGAUAAACGAUGUAUUGUUGUUGUUCGUAGUGAGAGAUCUGACAGUUUGUGUGCACGAUUGCUUACGUUCUUCUUAUAGUAGCUAGGGCGAGACGACAUGCUUUCGAUAUUUCACUCUUUACCGUUUUUGUAUUAUGUUUUUAAGCCAAGAGACAACUCGAGUUACCAACUUCGCUAUGCUUCAAAGCAUUUGAUCGGUACGAUCAAGUGAGACAAUUUUCAUUUCCACUUUUUGUAACUUUAAAUAAUUAUUGAAUAAAUUACAAAUUACUAUUAAAUUACAAACGAAUAUAAGAGUAAAAAUCUUUGAAUAUUUCUUUGUAUUUUAUAAUGAUAUAAGAUGACUAAGUUCUCUUCAUAAUUAUUUAAACACGCUUAGCAGUUUAUUUAUAUUUAAAUUAAACAUAUAUAAAAAUGUAGUAUUCUAUAGAACGUUGUAA